AUGGUUCAAGUAGCUCUCGUAUGUUGAUUUUCGAUGAAUUGAAGAAGCAAUCGUUUAAAAAAAAGAGGUUAAAUAGUAUAAACUUUCACUCUGAUACUCCAAAUAGAGAUUUUGAAGCGCAAAGUCCGCAAAACUGGGUAGGACCACUAAAGUUUAUAACUUUUGAAAAUCAGACCCACCCCUGUAAAAAAAAAACUAAUACGGAUCUACCGAAAGUGGAGAAAAAUGGGAAAUCCCAUUAAAAAAAUCGUAUAAUUCAUCAAUUCAAACUGAGAAAUCUUUGGAAAACUUUUUUUGUAUUUUAUCAGACUACAAACGCGGGAAGCGGCCGACAAAGACCUUCGGAGAAUCCGAAAAUGGGCUACUUUGUCUACGUACUUUCCUUCGCCGCAGUCAUCGGUUCAUCUCGAUCUCGAUGUCUUUCCACGUAUUCUCCGAUUUUCAGGAGGGUUCCUUUUCGGCUACGACACGAGCGUCGUCUCGGCGACGAUGCUUUAUGUGCCGCAGAGCCCAGGGCUCAAGCCGAUGAAUUCCGUUUGGCAAGAAGUUAUCGUCAGCAUCACGCCUGGUGUGUAGCUAUUUAUUGAGAAACAGAACAAAUUCAAAUGAGAAGUCCUUUGUCCAGAAUAUUCUCAAAAGUUCUUUUCUGUUACUUCUGAUCGAAUAAUUUCACGUUUAGAAAUUCAAAUUUGGAAUCAAAUUCCACCAUUAUUUGUGUUACAUAAUCUUUCUAAAAAAAAAGAAAAUCAAAAAAAAAUAGUCUCAUUGAAAAGGUAACUAAGCCCUGAAAAAAAGAAGACGAAAGUCGUCUCGCAACUUCCAAAAGUGUUCUUUUUCGCAUAAAAAUGAGAUGCUCUCUCGAUUGUUUGCGGUAGCAUCUUGUAAUGCAAAGCCUUAUCGUCGACGGCAUGUUUCUGCGUGGUGCGUAAUCGGCUGCCACAUACAACCGAGUGGCACCUCAGAGAAUCAGACAUCACGUGGUUCUUUUCGGAACGCCGACAAUACGUAUUGUCGAAGAGGAUUCGUCACCAGUGACGUUUCUUUGUCGUUUCCCCUAACAGAAUUGCAGUAGAGAGAAAAAGUAAAGUAUUGGUGGGAAAACGAGAUUUCCGGAAAAAAAAAGGUCGAGUACAGGAAUGGCGGCGAUUGGAGCGUUAAUGUCUGGAAAGGGAUCCGAUUACCUCGGAAGACGCAAAAUUAUCAUUGGAGCUUCGGUAAUCUUCACGGCCGGAGCAGUCGUUUGUGCCGCGGCUUGGAACAAAAUAGUGCUUCUGAUCGGUCGGAUCCUCUUAGGGGUCGCCAUCGGUUCGAAUCCCCAAGGUCUACCAGAAUGAGAGAUUCGUGCAGGAUUCGCCUCGAUGAUUGUGCCUGUCUACGUCGGCGAAGCUUCGCCGUCGCACAUCCGCGGAUUCUUGAUUUCUUGCUUCCAGCUGAUGAUAACUGGUGGCCAAGUCAUUGCCAACGUCGUUGGAGGCAUUUUCAGCUACGUUGAUCCCGAGCAAGUUGGUUGGAGGUGAUUAAUCGACCAAGAAUCGCGUUUGAACGUAUCGUUUCAGACUCAUGUUUGCCUUUGCAGCCGUCCCAGCAAUUAUUCAAUUUGUUUGUUUUCUUUUUCUACCAGAAAGCCCACGCUGGCUUUUUGAGCAUGGGAAAACGAAAGAAGCCCAAGAGGUAUUUCUGAAAGAUCUUUCGAAUAAAUCUCUUUGUCAAGGUUCUUUCAAAAAUUUACGCAGGCGAUCAAGAGUGGAUCGAGUAUGAGCUUGAAGAGAUAAAAGCUUCUUUCGAGGCAGAGAAAAGAUCAAAGGAAGAACAAGGUACGUGGCGAUGGGAACCUCUAGUUGAUAUCCCGAGAAAAGGUGACGGAGCAACGAUCUCCAGAAUACUCAAGACUGCGCAUGUUCGCAAAGCUCUCUUCAUCGGAAGUAUGUUGCAGGCGUUCCAACAGCUUUCUGGGAUCAACACUGUCAUGUCAGGCUUCCUCAUAAGUUUCAGUUGGAGAAACAAGAUUCAGGUAUUACACGGGGAACAUUAUUCGAUCAGCUGGAGUAAAGAACAAGCACACUACCAUUUGGAUUUCUGUGGGAACUUCCGGUUGAUUAUUUCUUGUCAUAUCAUCAAUACUCUUGAUUCUGAUACAGCCAUCAAUUGCUUUGGAACGUUCAUUCCGAUAGCAUUGAUCGAAAGGGCGGGAAGACGAGUCAUAUUUCUGUGCUCUUUGAUCGGAGUCAUUCUCUCCCUGAUUGCAAUGGGGGUCUCCUUCUUGCUCAUAAAUAAGGUGAAUCUAAGAAAAGCAUUUGGGAACGGGAAAGUCAUUCAGGAUGCGAUGAAAACAUACGCUGACGCAGAAUAUUCAAGUAUGAUCAAUUACAACACAACGUUCCCACACGCAGAUCAUUGCCGCAAAUUUUCGUAGGUUUUUGACUUUAAGGGAGAAAAAUAGAAACUUCAGAAAUUGCGACUCUUGUGUCACCGAUGACAACUGCGGUUUUUGCCAAUCAAAAACUGAAAAAAAAGGUUUUCGAAAAGUCGAAAGGACAGAUAAAUUCUGAUAUUUUCAAGGAUACUGCCUCCCCUUCCCCACAGACGACUCUGACAAGUACUCCAGUACGGGAAUCUGCGCUUCUGACAAUUUCACAAACAAUGGUUGUAUCAUCACAAUGAGCGGUAAUAAUUAUCGUUCUAGGGAGGCUGUAUGAAUGGGAAGACACGUACUGCCAUACUGCGUAUACAGUGCUCCCGAUCAUCAUUAUGGUCGUUUACUUGUUGACCUUCUCCUCGGGUAUCAAUUUUUGAUCUUUUUCAACCAAGAGCUCCGAAUGGGUUCAUAACCAUCGAGAACCUUUAUUAUUUCAAGUUGAAAAAUCCUUUCCUUUCACAAAUGUUCUCUAAAAUUGUCCUCAAGCGAUCAAUUUUUCAACUAAUUUUGAUAUGAAAACAAAUAGAGGCAAAUAAUUGAGCAUGGCUGGACACGUUACUCCAUGAUUAUUAAUCAGACUAGAUCAGAGUAAAGGGUAAUUGACGAAUUGCGGUACGGCUGCGGCGAGUACAGCCCGGUUGAGAUUAUAAGUCCAGGAAAUGGUGGAUUUACAAGAAAGCUGAGUUAAAAAAUGACUUAAUAUAGUCUGAUCCAGCUUAGAAUUAGGCGAGAAACUCACAUUAUUGUAAGAGUUUAGAUAAAAGUAGUCUUGAACCCCAUAACAUGGUAUGAGGUAAACAAAUUAUCGAAAUAAACCACAAAAAUAUUUGUGAUCAAAUCGGUGCAAAAUGUAGUAGAAGAAUAUCGAAAUUUUCUGGCUUUUAUCUAAGGAUUUGGUCCGAUGCCGUGGGUACUCAACGCCGAGUUCUAUCCGUUGUGGGCCCGAAGCACGUGUGUUUCGAUCUCAACCGCGACAAAUUGGAUAUUCAAUCUUAUAAUUUCACUUACUUUCCUUUCGUUGAGUCAGGUAGCCACCAAAUACGGUUAGUUUCCCAGUCGGAGUCAGUUUUUCUGUGAAUUUGUUUUGAACUUUGCAGGAACGUUCUUCAUAUACGGCGGAUGCACCUUUUUGGCUCUAAUUUUUGUCUAUUUCUUCGUUCCUGAGACCAAAGGCUACUCCAUUGACGAAGUUGUUCGAAUCCUAUAAAAAUUCGGACCGAUGUGUUUUCAGGUCGAAAUCCUCUUCAUGAAAGGUUCUGAGCGAGAAGAAGCGCGCGACAAGCUGGAAAGGAGAGCUACGGAAUUAUCUGUCAAUGACCUGUGUUCGAGAGAAACUGAAAAAUUCUGA